GGCCCGCCUUCGGGGCCCGGAUCUCAAACAGCCGGGAAGAAGCACCGUGGCUGCUGCUAUCUGCUCUCCGCGCCUGACUCCUCCCAGGACUCGUGAUGCCAAGGCCGCUGCGAGCGGCUACGAAGAGUCGGGGUUGAGCCCCAGCUGAGCCGAGGGCUCGCACUCUUCUGGUCUCCCAGGCCCAACCCACCUGAAGAAAUGAGUGGUGGAUUGGCUCCAAGUAAGAGCACAGUGUAUGUAUCCAACUUGCCUUUUUCCCUGACAAACAAUGACUUGUACCGGAUAUUUUCCAAGUAUGGCAAAGUUGUAAAAAGGUAUCUCUAUCAAAGUAUUGUAUGAUAGUUGGUUUGUUGGUCUGUCUCCACCACGAAACUGGUUACCAUAAUGAAAGAUAAAGAUACCAGGAAGAGUAAAGGGGUUGCAUUUAUUUUAUUUUUGGAUAAAGACUCUGCACAAAACUGUACCAGGGCAAUAAACAACAAACAGUUAUUUGGUAGAGUGAUAAAAGCAAGCAUUGCUAUUGACAAUGGAAGAGCAGCUGAGUUCAUCCGAAGGCGAAACUACUUUGAUAAAUCUAAGUGUUAUGAAUGUGGGGAAAGUGGACACUUAAGUUAUGCCUGUCCGAAAAAUAUGCUCGGAGAACGUGAGCCUCCAAAGAAGAAAGAAAAAAAGAAAAAAAAGAAAGCUCCUGAACCAGAAGAAGAAAUUGAAGAAGUAGAAGAAAGUGAAGAUGAAGGGGAGGAUCCUGCUCUUGACAGCCUCAGUCAGGCCAUAGCAUUCCAGCAAGCCAAAAUUGAAGAAGAACAAAAAAAAUGGAAACCCAGUUCAGGAGUCCCCUCAACAUCAGAUGAUUCAAGACGCCCAAGGAUAAAGAAAAGCACAUAUUUCAGUGAUGAGGAAGAACUUAGUGAUUAAAAUCUUGCCCCAGCACAGUAAUAAAAAUCAAGAUUUGUUAGUAACAAUCUUAAAGAGCUAAUUUUAAUAAAAAUAAGAAAAAUUAAUACUAUCAUGUUAAUACUAUUAUUGUCAUCCCAAGAAAAAAGAUAUUUUAAAAAUUUAUUUGAAAAGUUCAUUAUAAGGGCUUUAUUCAUGCCUGAUUUGUUUACAUGAGGACUUCUGAAAUUAAUCCUUAAAACAAACUUCCUGAAGACCGAAAAGUUGAAUGAUUUAUUGUUACUUAUAUUAAUAAACUUUUCAAGAGAAUUUUGUCUUUAAA